AUGAUGGAUCAUCAUGAUUUGAGCAGUGUUCCCCAAUUGCAUACAAUGAUGAGAGCUGUUGGACCGACUCCAGCAAUCCUCUCUCCAUAUCCUGAUCUAACCAAUCUGAAUUGUCCACCACCUGCAUUAACCCCACUUCUUCCUCAUUCACAAGAACCGCCACCACAUUCGACACAUACAACGAUCAAAAGUGAAGGAUCAAGAAGACGGGAAAAGGAUCCGAAAAAGCAACGCCGAAAUCGGACCACUUUUACAACGUUUCAACUUCAUGAACUUGAACAAGCUUUUGAAAAGUGUCAUUACCCAGAUGUGUACGCCCGUGAAACACUGGCCAACAAAGUGAAACUACCCGAGGUUCGAGUACAGGUUUGGUUCCAAAAUCGACGAGCAAAAUGGCGACGACAGGAGAAAAUGGAAAGUGGAGGAGUUGCUGAGCUGCCGCCCGUUCGACCAGCCAAUAUUCCAUCUUGGUCGUGGAUGCAUGCUUCAAACUCAACAGCUCCCACUCAAACCACUCAAGUAUCGACCAUUGAUACAACUGCCGAUUUUGCUAGCUUCCCACAAUUCACUUCAGAAAACAAAACAACUACACCGUUUUUCACGGAAAUGAAGACACAAUUCCCGGUGUUUCCUUAUAUUCCGACAGCCAACGGUUAUACGCCCAGCUUUACAAGCUUCUCUCCGAUAUCACACACGGGAGCUCUUGGUUGUCAUACAGCGUUGAAUGGUUUCACGACACAAAGCCCAUUCACGAGUCCUUAUCUUGAAACAAUCACAGAAAUUAAUUCAAACCUUGACAUGAAAUUAGAAGGAUAUGAA